GAGUAGUGUUGUAAAAAAAACCAAUACAGUGAAGUGAUCUGAUUAUUAUUGUUGUUAUUAUGCAUAUGUCCGAUGCCGGAUGCCGGUCCGUCACACCAAAGAAUCGUAAAUCCAAAACCCGAAACAAGCUGAAGCGCAGGAAACCAAAGUUCCUGAGCCUAAGUCUCGAGCUAUCGGAGAAACCGUCAGAUCAUAUGAUUGUUUCACCAUCGAACGGUAGCACACAUGAUCAGCUCAAUCUCUUCCCACUGCACCCAGAAAAUUUGGUAGAUGAUAAAGACAGUACUAGUACUGCCCAAGAUGAGAACGUAGCUCUCUUCUUUGCUGGCGCUGAAAACAGCGCCACUACACUCAACGAAGUUCUCGUUUCUUCAAAGGAUGAAAUUGACAGCAACAUAAGUACUUACAUGACAGUUUCGUCAUCGGAGGCGAGCCUCACAUUUGCCGACACUUACAGAGGACAAGAAGGUGAGCUUGUACGGACGGCUCUAAGGAGCAAAGAGAGGGAACACAGGGAAGAAGAGAAAUGGGUUGUUUACUCGGAUGUUGUUGAUUUCGAUCAACAUAGUGAGAGUACGAGGAAGGAUGAAGAAGUAAGUAGUUGUCCGUGGAACAAACAUCAACAACAAUUGUCACUAAAGCUUGAUUAUGACGAAAUAUUGAAUGCUUGGUCCGAUAAAGGUCCACUUUACCUUCAGUCCGAGUCCCCCCAGAUCGUUCCGGACAUCCAUGACGAUUUUCUCGCCUACGACAUGCCUUUUUCAUUAAAUGGGCAACUUAUGAGUAGCAGUUCAGUUGUGUAUAGAGUACCAGAAGUAAUUGGAAAUGAAGAAAGAGAAGUAGAGGAUGAGGAUAUGAAGGCGGGACGAAGAGAGGCGAGUGUAAUGAGGUACAAAGAGAAGAGACAGAACAGACUCUUCUCUAAAACUAUCCGAUAUCAAGUUCGCAAGCUCAACGCUGAAAAACGCCCUCGCGUUAAGGGGAGAUUUGUUAAGAGGGAUUGAAGUGUGUUUUUUACCUCAAUUGAAGAAGUAAAAUGUGUUGGAAAUGGAAAGCAGUAUGUGUAUUGUAGUUUUGAUAUAUAUACUGUUAUAAGGAGAAGCAUACGCAAAGGAGCUCUUGUCAAUCAAUGAAAUAAUAUUCUACUCCUAAAUUGGAAGUAUGAG